AUGUUGCUGGAGGUGGGGGUCCUUCUGCGGGGGACCUGUGGACAUCUGGGCCGAACUAUUGAUCUGCCUUGUGGCGUCCUGAGGCCAGGGCUCCACUGGUGGGGAACUUGUGGGGGUUCACAGACCCAGAGGUUCCACCAGGAUGACCCUGGUAGAGGUCUGGGGGAGGAGGACAUUCGCAGGGCACGAGAGGCGCGACCCAGGAAGACACCCCGACCCCAGCUGAGUGACUGUGCUCGAGAACGCAAAGUGCCUGCUUCCCGGGUUAGCCGACUGGCCAAUUUUGGGGGACUCGCUGUGGGAUUGGGCCUGGGAGCACUGGCUGAGGUGGCCAAGAAGACCCUGCCUGGAGGACGAGGACAGUCAGACAACAGCUUCCUAAGCCCCCAGCUGCAGCGCAUCUUUGAGCGGGUCCGCCAGAGUGCUGACUUCAUGCCCCGCUGGCAGAUGUUGAGAGUCCUUGAAGAGGAGCUGGGCCGGGACUGGCAGGCUAAGGUGGCCUCUUUGGAGGAGGUGCCCUUUGCUGCCGCCUCGAUCGGGCAGGUGCACCAGGGUACCCUGAAGGAUGGGACAGAGGUGGCAGUGAAGAUCCAGUACCCAGGUGUGGCCCAGAGCAUCAAGAGUGAUGUCCAGAACCUGCUGGCAGUGCUCAGGAUGAGUGCGGCCCUGCCUGAGGGCCUGUUUGCUGAGCAAAGUCUUCAGUCCUUGCAGCAGGAAUUGGCUUGGGAAUGUGACUACCGCCGUGAAGCAGCCUGUGCGCAGAACUUCAGGCAGUUGCUGGCAGAUGACCCCUUCUUCCGGGUGCCGGCAAUAAUCCAGGAGCUGUGCACCACACGGGUGCUAAGCAUGGAGCUGGCCAGGGGGGUCCCUCUGGACCAGUGCCAAAGCCUGAGUCAGGACGUGCGGAACGAGAUUUGCUUCCAGCUCCUGAGGCUCUGUCUUCGGGAGCUGUUUGAGUUCCGCUUCAUGCAGACAGAUCCCAACUGGGCCAACUUUCUGUAUGACGCCUCCAGCCACCAGGUGACCCUCCUGGACUUUGGUGCAAGCCGGGAAUUUGGGACCAUGUUCACAGACCAUUACAUUGAGGUGGUGAAGGCUGCAGCUGAUGGCGACAGAGACCGAGUCCUGCAGAAAUCUCGGGACCUCAAAUUCCUCACAGGCUUUGAAACCAAGGCAUUCUCAGACGCCCACGUGGAGGCAGUGAUGAUCCUGGGGGAGCCUUUUGCCACUCAGGGCUCCUACGACUUUGGGGCGGGGGACACAGCCAGGCGUGUGCAGAACCUCAUCCCAGUGCUGCUGCGGCACCGGCUGUGCCCACCCCCGGAGGAGACCUAUGCCCUGCACCGGAAGCUGGCAGGGGCCUUCCUGGCUUGCUCCCGCCUCCGCGCCCACAUCCACUGCCGGGACCUCUUCCAGGAUACCUACCACAGCUACUGGGCCUGUCGCCAGGGAGAGCCACAGAGUACUGACCAGAGGGGACCUCUGGAGCAGCUGAGGCGGCCCGCCCCUCCCAGCCGCACGCGCCUCCCGGACUCCCGGCAACCUCGUCUUCGCUAA